GUCACGUUAACAGCUCCACUACUCCUUCAAAGCUCUGAUCCUAGGAAACUGGAAAAAAGAAUGAAGAUAACAAUAGUGAUGUUUUGCUUGGUGGGAGCAGUUUAUGCCAACCCAGUAAUAUGUUCCUUUUGGCAGAUUCAAAUUCACAAUGUUUUUUUGGACCUGAGCGAACUGGAAUCAUCAAACGUGACUCAAACUCAAAAGUUUAAUUCAUCUGCCUCAGAAUCUUCAGAUCAAAGUGACACUUCAGAGCUUAAGAGUUCUGAGUCUGAGUCAGAAUCAUUGGAAUCCAUGUCAGAGUCAUCCGAGAGUCAGUCUUCGGAGAGUGAGAGCCAAUCACUUGAGGACAGGACAGCCUCCCAUACUGAUGGGGAUACGAGAGACAACAGUGAAGGUAGUGAAGAAAACGUUCGAAAGAACUGGAUAAGAGUUUUUGCCGUCCAGGUCGUAAGUGCAGAGAACAGCAGCAGCUCUGAGGUCGGAGGGCAGCUGGAACACCACACCAAUCAGGGCGCUGAGAAACAGGGCACACCCCUUUCUACUGCCUUGACAGAGAUCCACAGCCAGCCUGGCGAUACAGCACAGAGCAAGGCAGCCGUGGCAGUUGUAGAGAGCCUCCUUAGAGCCUCCUUUGAUCCCCUCAAAGAGACCAGUGCGAGCAUCAAUACUGACUCUGGUGCAGUUGCCGGUAACGACAGUACUGUUACCAGUGAUACCAGUGAUAGCAGCGAAAGUAGCGAGAGUAGCGAGAGCAAGGACACUAGUGAGACCAGUGAUUGCAGCAGUACUAGUGAGAGCAAAGAGAGUGAUACCAGUGAGAGCAAUGAGAGUGAUACCAGUGAAAGCGAAGAGAGCAAUACCAGUGAGAGCAAUACCAGUGAGAGUGAGGAGAAACAACCGAAACGAGCUACAGAUUGUCAAAAUAGUGUCAACAGCACUGCCUGUGACAGUGAGGAGGAGUAUUUCUUCCAAGAUAUUGGGGACGAUGCCCAUCCAAUGGAUCAUUUGCUCAUGCCUGACGAGGAGCAGAGGGAGUUAAGUUUACGGCGAUAAGUCUUAAACCUAGAUACUAUCCUGCUUGAUCUACACUGUACCUUCUCCCUUGUUUCAAAUAAUAUGUAUCGGACCUGAUGCAUGUCAAUCAGACAAAUGGGGAUGUUAGCAUUGUUUUGACCUCAAAUAUUGUUCACAUAACUUGAAAUGAACUAGUAUGCCUACUACUUACAAAUAAUAUCGAUCUGUGUGCUAUUGAUUAUUUUUGUAUCAGUUUUUUUAAAUUGUGUUAGCAUUUUAUC